AUGUCUGGUGCCCUCGGUUUCUUCCUCAACGCUGCUGGCCUCUUCGUGCCACUCGCGCUUCAGGCCCAGUACGCAAACCAGGCUGAGGCUCCCAAAGAAGCUACCGCAGUGCAGAUUAUAACUGGAAGUGGUAAAGGAGGCUCGCCCGGCGGAAAUGUCCCUCACAUCGCUCUAUGGGACGAUGCCGGUAACCGGAUCGGCCAGUAUCACGCAGGGAGGAAGGAGAAAAUCAACGACGGCAAACAUGCUACUAUCAUAGUCCCCCACAACCAGAACAAGUACGAGCAGGCAGACCCGUACUACAUCAUGCUAAGCAAUUUCGAGCACGAUGCUAUUUGCAUUGCUGCCGUCACUGUUGCCAACCAGAAAAUCUCUGGUACCUUUUACGGUGACACGGGGUACAUGUGCGGACAAUCUUGGUUUUUGAGCGAAAACAGGAUUGGAUCGAACUUCCAGAAACCCAAGUGCGUCUGGCUGGAUGGCGACCACACGAAUGGCAUCAACGCUCGGGCAAUCAGCUUCCAUUUGAAUGACUUGGCUCCGAAUAGAGAUAAGCUGGCCCAAUACCAGGCCCAGCCGGAGACACUCUGUCAGAGCACGCCUCGUUUUUCUUUUUGGGGCAAUCUGCUCCCUGACGGGAUCAUUCCGUUUUUCAAACCCCCGCUGCAGUACAAAGAAGACUCUACAAACUCUGGUGAAGGGGCGGAUGUGGAUCUGUCCCGGGUUGUUGACAGAAAAGGUCAGUAUGACAAAAGUGUUUAUCUUCACCAGGGAGAGAAGAAGUUUAGGCUCAAAGCCCGAACCAGCUUCCGCCGCAACAGUACAGCAAACGGUUCCAACCACAACCCCGAUCAUCUUAUCAUCACUGACCAGAAAGACGACGACGUCCGCGCUGUCUGCGAGCAUCCUAACUCGUAUGGCUGGGAUAUUGUCUCUACUGUGCAGAACCUUUACUGUGACAUGGUCCACAAACAGCUCUACCAGGUCUGUGAUGGAAAAGGUGUCAAGGACUACUGUUUCGAUCUGAAGGCCAAAACAAUCAUCCCAAAGCAGGGAAUCAGCGGUCGCGAUGAGUUUGCUGCUCAUGUGCCUAACAAGGCUUAUACGUCGCAGUCACACUGGAAGAGCUAA